AUGGCUGGCCCACCACGGCCUGCCUCCGCCCUCCCCACGCGGAGGACGGGAUUGCGCCAACCAACUCGACGAGCGGGCUCCGCAGUGCCUGAACGACAGGCAUCGCCGGCUGUUUCAACAAAACCUUCUGCAGCGAAUGCAGCGCGAGCGCCGAAACCAAGCCUCGAACAAUCAAGUUCCACGGUCAAGAGAAAGGAGAGAGACUAUGAGCGGGAAAUCAACGAAGACACCAGCAUCCAUGUGGUGGUGCGAUGUCGCGGCCGUAACGAGCGCGAGAUCAAGGAGAAUAGCGGUGUGGUACUGUCGGCAGAGGGUGUCAAGGGAAAAUCCCUGGAUCUUUCGAUGGGACCGAAUGCGGUUGCAAAUAAGACUUACGCCUUUGACAAGGUGUUCUCCCCCGCUGCCGACCAGACAAUUGUGUACGAGGAUGUAGUCCUCCCGAUUGUGAACGAGAUGCUGGCGGGUUACAAUUGCACGAUUUUUGCCUACGGACAGACGGGGACGGGUAAGACAUAUACCAUGUCGGGAGACAUGACCGAUACGCUGGGGAUUUUGUCCGACGAUGCUGGAAUUAUCCCACGCACGCUUUACUCGCUGUUUCACAAACUCCAAGAGACCGAGAGUAUGGUCAAGUGCUCCUUCAUCGAGCUUUACAACGAGGAACUGCGAGACUUGCUCUCAGCCGAUGACAACACGAAGCUCAAGAUUUUCGAAAACGAGAAGAAGGGACACAGCGGAAGCACCAUGGUGCAAGGGAUGGAGGAGACCUAUAUUAAUUCAGCCUCGUCUGGGAUUAAGCUGCUGCAAUCGGGUAGCCAUAAACGCCAGGUGGCUGCGACAAAGUGCAACGACUUGAGUUCCCGUAGUCACACCGUUUUCACUAUCACCGUCUCCACCAACCACAUUUCUGACUCCGGUGAGGAGCAUGUCAUUUCUGGGAAAUUGAAUUUGGUCGACCUGGCCGGCAGUGAAAAUAUUGGACGAAGCGGCGCAGAAAACAAGCGGGCGGCGGAAGCCGGCUUAAUCAACAAGAGCUUACUCACGCUGGGGAGAGUAAUCAACGCGCUCGUUGACAAGAGCUCGCAUAUCCCCUAUCGCGAGUCUAAGCUCACCCGACUGUUGCAAGACUCUCUGGGGGGACGAACCAAAACAUGCAUCAUCGCCACCGUGUCACCCACCCGCAGCAACCUGGAGGAGACCAUUUCGACUCUUGAUUACGCGUUCCGGGCCAAGAACAUUCGAAACAAGCCCCAGCUCAACUCUAUCAUUUCCAAAAACAAGUUGCUCCGAGAAAUAGGCGUGGAGUUUGAGAAGCUCAAGAGCGAGCUUAUUGCCACCCGACAUCGCAACGGUGUGUACAUGCCGCCUGAUGCGUACGAGGAGAUGAAAGUGGAGAGCGAAUCCAGACGAAUUGUCAAUGACGAACAGCGAGCCAAGAUCGAAUCAAUGGAAUCGAGUCUUCGGCAUAAAGUCCAAGAGUUGUUUGCUCUGACUGGCAGCUUUAACUCCUUGAAGCAGGACAGCGAGGAAACUCAGGGCAAGCUCCGCAAUACCCGCACUGUUCUCGAACAGACGGAAGUUUCUCUGAGGAGCACUUCGGAGAAAUUGGACGAAGAAACGAUCGUCCGAAAAGCUCACCAGUUUACCGAAGAGAAGCUUCGCGACAUCGGCGCGGGUCUUCUGUCUACGUUGGACGGUACUGUUCAUGAUGUAAAUGGGCUCCACGCCAAGCUGGACCGCAAGGACCGUUUGGAAACCAACAAUCGACAAACAUGGCAGAGUUCUACUGGCGAGGUCUCGGAUGUCACUCAGCGAAUUGAUGCUCGCAUGGAAACUUUCCAGUCACAGCAUGCGAAACUGCUCGAGGACAUGUCAAGCAAGAUCCAGCAAUUCGUGGACAACGAACUGAGCACCGUUCAAGCAGCUCGGUCUCAGCUUGGUGACUUUGGCUCCUCUUUUGACAAGGUUGAAGCGGAGGCAAAGACCCAGACAUCCGGCGCCCACGAUGAGAUGAACGAUGUCCUUGAGGAGAUCAAGGUGCUUCGGGAGGACGUCAAGACCAAGGUUGGCGAGGGCCUGAACGGAUUAUCUGCUGCCGCUGCUCGUAUUUCCAAGGAUGUCAUUGGGGAGUUUUCCGAUUUCCAUGCCCAGCUUCACGCAUCUUACAGCGCCCUGGGCAAGGACUUCAAGUCCAUGUUUGAGAACAUGGCGCAGCACCUUGAUGAACAGAAGAGCGAGAUAAACAGACUACGACUUGAGGUCCAAGAUGCCAACCGCCAAACAAUCGAAACAAAUCGGAAGGCUUCAUCUAACGUGGCCCAGGUUCUGGAAGAGGAACAUGCCAGUGCGCAGGCCGAGCGCGAAAAUCUUAUGGCUCAGAUCCGCGGCCUACUCGAAGACUCGAGCCAGCGGCAAUCUACCCGCCUCAAGAGUAGGUUCGACACUGUUCGAACCGAUCUUUCGGCAUCCGGCGACUCGCUUGAACAGGCUACAGCGCAGCAUGAUCGACACAUCGACGAAUGGAUUUUCAAGGAGGAGCGGUUUGCGAAGGAUGUUACUGCAUCCCGCGAUGACAUCAAAACGAAGAUGCAGAAUGACUGGGAGGCAUUUGACCAACGCAACGCUUCCAUUCAACGAGCGACGCAAUCGGUGCAUCAGGAGACUGUUCGGAUUGUGGAUGCUCAGAUGAAUGACAUGGGCAAGCAGAUGGAGGCCUUGGAUGAUUUUGUCGCCAAGGCACGAUCCCAGAAUGGCCGCUUCCAUGAGGUUCAAAUGGGCAGCUUGGAUGCCAUGGCGACUAACGUUCGGGACUCUCACUCGACGAUUCACGGAUACUUGAAUGGAUUCAGUGAGCACGUCGGUCAGCUGCAAACAGAUGUCAACAUGCAUACCGACCACCUGGAGCAGUCGACAAUGCCUCUGCACGCCGACGUUCGCCAGCCCCUGUCCGAGCUUCGAGUCAACAUUCAAAGCCACCCCAUGGAAGAGUAUACUCCAACCGGGGUCACUCCCCAGAAGCGCAAAUAUGAAUACCCUUCAACCCUCCCCCGGACCGAGCCUCACGAGGGUCUUCGCUCCCGACACCGGACUUCCAAGCAAUUUACCGCUCUGCCUUUUGAUGGCGAGGAACAGCCUUCGCCUCUUCCUAGUUCGCCUGCGGCCUCUCCAUCUAAGAACUUCGUAUACACUGAUGGCUUGGAAGAGGUAGGGACUCACGCUCCUCCCUCCUCCGCCACUUCUUCCAACACUGGGCUUAGGGAAGUCGAUGUAAACGUCGCCAGACCAGUCGUGUGUGAUACCGACGAAGACGGGCUUGCCGCGGCCAAGACAGAAACCCCGGCGCAGAACCCAUCCCUCGACCUUGACGGGACGCCCGAAAAGGACGAGCCCGAGCAGCCCCCGCUCAAACGCCGUCGUUCUGCAUCUACAAACCACGAGAGCAAGCUUCCGCACAAGAUGCUGUCCAAGAAGAUGGCCGGCAUGAUGGAAGGCCGUGAAAAUGUACCGCCGUCCGCGAUCACCGGUGGCCGGAGGUUCAGAAACCGCACCACUGAUUAG